UAUACCUGUGGAGCGCGUAAACCGCAAGACACAACAGCGCUUUAGUGUUGAUCAUCAAUUUGACUUUUUCAAUUUCUCGUCGUUAUUUUCUUCUUUUAUUACUCUUAUCUCUAAGAUUUCCAAUCACGUGAAUAUUUUUACCUUUUGGAGUAACAUUUACCGAAACCCCGUUUUGCAACAAGGAAUGAUGCUCAUGAACACCCGGUCAUAGAGUAAGAAGAGAUCACUGGUGUUUUCAGAAGCUGCUCUGAAGAACAAGCUGACUGAACAUCUCAACAGCAUGGAGUUUUCACUGGCUCAUCCGGCUGUGAAAGCAUUCAUGUGUGGCUCUCUGAGCGGGACGUGCUCCACACUGCUCUUCCAGCCUCUGGACCUGGUGAAAACACGUCUGCAGACCCUACAGAACGGCAUCCAGCCCGGGUCGGGUCGGGUUGGCAUGGUCACGGUCUUUGUAAGUGUCCUGCGGACAGAGAAGCUCCUCGGACUGUGGAGAGGCAUUUCGCCUUCAUUUGUGCGCUGUAUUCCAGGAGUCGGCAUCUACUUCAGCACAUAUUUCACUCUAAAGCAGCACUUCUUCGCAGAUGGGGCCCCGGGGCCCUUACAGGCCAUACUUCUGGGAGCCGGAGCCAGAUGUCUCGCAGGAGUCUGCAUGCUGCCCAUCACUGUCAUCAAAACACGCUUCGAGAGCGGCCGCUAUAAGUACAGCAGUGUGUUAGGAGCGCUGCGGUGUGUGUGUCGGACGGAGGGCCCGAAGGCUCUGUUCUCAGGUCUGACGGCCACGCUGCUCAGAGAUGCACCGUUCUCCGGGAUAUACGUCAUGAUCUACAGCCAGGCCAAAUACACGCUGCCACGAGAGAUCAGUCAGUCGUCUUACACCCCGCUAGCAAACUUCAGCUGUGGCAUUCUGGCCGGUGUUCUGGCCUCUAUUGUAACCCAGCCGGCAGAUGUAGUGAAAACUCACGUUCAAGUGAGUCCAGACCUCUUCAGCAGGACAUCAGAUGUGAUUCGAUACAUUUACAAGGAGCACGGUUUGGUGGGGUUUUUCCGUGGCGCAGUUCCUCGCUCUCUCAGGAGAACCAUGAUGGCGGCGAUGGCGUGGACGGUGUAUGAGCAGCUGAUGGCUCAGAUGGGCCUUAAAUCUUGAGACUGAUCAAAACCACAUCACACACUGAAUGAGAUCUUCACGCGGGACGUUUCUUUAACUGUGAUCGCAGUUCCCCGAACUUUUUAUUUUCAAUUAACUGAAGUGAGAAUCAUGCUGUAAAUACAGAUGUGAACUUUAAAAUGCACUUUAUACCCACUUGGCUUCUCUUGUCUGUUUUUGAGUAAAUAAUGCUGCUUAUGUUGUGCUAUAAUAAAGUUUUUAUACGAUGUGCGCUUUA